AUGGACCAGGUCGCCAACAUCCUGCACCACGUCGUCCGCCAUCACGAUGCCAUGGACCACACGGACCACAUGGCCACCACGACGGCGGCCACGGCGGCGGCGGCCAUGGAGACGGGCAGCCACGACGACAUGGACAUGGGCGGAGGCGACGGCACCCCCUGCAAGAUCUCCAUGCUGCUCAACUACAACACGGUCGACUCGUGCUUCAUCAGCAGCGACUGGCAGGUCAAGUCCAUUGGCAUGUUCGCCGGGUCCUGCAUCGGCAUCGCGCUGCUCGCCAUCUUCCUCGAGCUGCUGCGCCGCAGCGUCAAGGAAUUCGACAAGUAUCUCGCCAGGCAGCACAUGGCCAGGCACGCCGGUGUCGCCGAGGCGGCCGCGAGGUCCUCGGACGAAGGUGUCAAGGGCGGUGCUGUCGCGGGCGUGACUGGUGCUGCUGGUCCCAUUCCGCCCUUCCGUCCGACGUUCUGGCAGCAGGGCAUCCGCGCGAUUCUGCACACGGCUCAGUUCACGGUGGCCUACUUCAUCAUGCUCCUCGCCAUGUAUUACAAUGUCUAUAUUCUUGUCAGCAUCUUCCUUGGUAUCUUGGUCGGAUCGUACAUCUUUCAGUAUGAGACUAUCGAUUUCUCAGAGCCGACCGUCUGCUGUGGCUAG